AUGUCAGAGAGCAGUGAAAAUGAAACUGCCUCCACGCAAGAAGUCGUUCUCUCGUUCAUGAAAAAAAUGGCUGACGUGGGUUUUCAAAUUUAAAUGUUACUGUGCAGCUCUAGUGAAUUUUUUUUUCAGGAAAUGGACAUUUUUGAUUUGACUGAUCCAAAAUUAGCCAGAAUGUUGACCAAAACUGACAGAUUGAAACGCCUAAGAGAGCAUUUUUAUUAUCCAAAGUGUGGAUCACUUCCUGACGGUGAGAUUUCACUUUUGUGGGAGAAUUUUAGAAAUUCUGAAGUUAUUCAGUCGAUACUUCUCUCGUGGAUCCGAAUAAAGAUGCGAUUUAUCUUUGCGGAAAUUCUCUUGGACUUAUGCCAAGAGUGACAGAAAGAAUCAUGCGAGAACAGAUGGACAAGUGGGCCAGGAUGUAAGUUUCCAUCCUCCCAAAACCUAUAGCUUUUUGUUAUGAAGAAUCGAAAAAUGAAUGAACCUAGUUUUUAUUGUGUUCCAGGGGCGUUUUCGGCCACACUACCGGAGAACUUCCAUGGGCCUAUGCCGAUGAAGCGGCUCUGGAUGGUGUCGCUCAACUUGUUGGCGCUAGCAGUGAAGAAGUGGCGGUUUGCAACGGACUCACUGUCAACAUCCAUGUCUUAUUGGUAAGUAUUGUUUGGUCAGUUUCUCUCGGGUUCAAAGGAGGAGAUGAGUAAAUUGGUUAAUGUUACUCUUUGCGGUCUUUUGCGCGAACUGGUCAAAUGCGAAAAUAGAAAAAAAGUGUUAAAAAAAACUUGGAUUAGGUUUGAUCUCGAUUUAGUCGCCAGAACCCGCGUUUCGUUUGCAAAACUUGACGCUCGAAAAAAAAAAACAGUGAAAUGUUUUUAAAUCAGCUGGAUUAAUCAAAAAACCGAGAAACAAAAAGUUGGGUUUUAUUUACUUCAAUUAUGAAAUAGUGUAUCAGAUAUUUCGAAACUUCUGAUUUUAGAAUCAUAGAAUUUUUCAGAGCGCUUUUUACAAUCCGACGGAUGAACGUCAUCAAAUUCUGCUUGAAUCGAGAGCGUUUCCUUCGGAUCACUACGCCAUUGAGUCACAAAUUCAGAUGAAAGGCCGCAAUCCCAAAGAAAGCAUGGUAGUCACCUUUUCAAGUUAUUUUCAAAGUUUUCUUCACAGGUAUGUUUGCAACCUAGAGAAGGCGAAGAAAUCCUGCGAACGGAAGAUGUUCUUGAAUACAUUCGAAAAAAUGGCAAAAAGAUCGCCAUCAUUUUCUUCAGCGGAGUUCAAUACUACACUGGCCAGUUUUUCGACAUCCCAGCUAUCACACAAGCCGGACAUGAAGAGGUUGUCGGCAAAACAAAACUUUUUUUCAUUUUUCUGCUUUAGGGAUGUUUAGUUGGAUGGGAUUUGGCACACGCUUACUGCAACGUUCCAUUGCAUCUUCAUGAAUGGGACGUUGACUUUGCUUGUUGGUGCUCGUAUAAGUAUGGAUGUACGGGAGCGGGAGGACUAGCAGGACUUUUUAUUCACGAAAGGUGAAACAAAAACUUUUUUUAUGGUCUUUCCACAAAUCUUGAGUAAGGUUUUCACCGCGAACCGGGUGUCUGACUUGAAAAUAUUCAAAAGAGGUUCUCUGCCUUGCAUGGAGAUACCAACGCAGAGCCUGCAUACUUCUUAAAUAAAACUAUUUUUAGGUUCAAAAAGGACAAUCGAAACCGGAUGCUUGGCUGGUGGAGUCACAAAAAAACAACACGGUUUCUGAUGACUAAUGGUAAGUAAAAGUCUGUCUAAUAAAUCACGAUCAUUAUUUGAAAAAAUAGAGCACUCAGUUAGUUGGUUACAGAACUGGAAUUAGAAGAAGGAGCGGCAGGAUACAGAAUCAGCAACCCUCCCAUUCAUCUUGUCGUUCCCAUCAUUGGAAGCUUAGAGGUCAGUUCGAAACUAUUUUCUUCCUUACCACAGUUUUCCAGAUUUUCAAAAUGGUAUCUCUUGAAGAUUUGAGAACAAGAUCUUGUUAUUUGACAGGAUAUUUGGAAUUUCUCAUCAAACAUUUCUUUGAUCAGUCUUCUGAGCAUCGGUAUGUUCGCGGAAAAAUAAUAUAUUUCAAUAAAAGAGUAAUAAAUUUCAAGAAAAACUUCCACUUCAAUCAAAAUUAUCACGCCUGCUGAUUUCCAUGAGCGAGGAUGUCAACUUUCCCUAAAGUUUUCGAAGCCUACUGAUGCAAUCUACAAAGAGCUGGUCAGGCGAGGAGUUGCUGUGAGUUACGAAAACUUCUUCAUUUUUUCAUGAAUUGAAAUUUUUGCGUUUUACAAAAUCAUAGUUGAUCCACUUUCAUUCAAUUUUACUCGCCUUGAGGACAAAAAAAAGCUUCAUUUUGACUCAAAAUUUUCCAAGCUUAUCCAAAUGAGAUCGUGUCGAACCUUUGAGAAGGAGGAAAUAAAGUACUUGAAGCAAAAAGGAAAAAAAAAGCGUCUUCUUAAUUACCUUGUGAGAAGCUUCGAAUCGAACAUAUAGAAAAUUUCAAAUUGGCUGAAAUUCCUGUUCCUCCAGGUGGACAAGAGAUAUCCGGAUGUUAUUCGCGUGGCUCCCGUUCAUCUUUACAACAACUACGUCGAUAUUCAUCGAUUUGUCACCGCUUUGAAAGAUUCUUGUGCAGCCGUCGAGCUUCAGAUGCCUGAUGAGCCCUCCAUAUAG